AUGGUUCUCCCUCAGAGAACCGGCCUGAGUGCCAUUUUGAGGUCUCGAUCUCGUCUUUCUACCCUUCCAUGGCUGCCUGCUUCCGUCCGCUAUAUUUCCAUUGAUUCCCGCCCGACCUCGGACUCUCCUUCCUACCGAUCUUCACAAUCCACUCUUUCAAAAUCAAAUUUACUAUACAAUGUCCCACCCGGACUAUCUACCUCCUCCCAGCCCUUCUCGACGUCCCCGUCGUUGAGCAAUACCGCCGAUUGGGACCACAAUCCAAACCUCGCCAUCUCAAACUUCUCCGAACUUCCGUCGAAGGAUUUCGGUGUCAACCAACAUAUGCUCAUAAACCAAGAAUUUAAGGAAGCUUUGCGACAAAUUCUUUGGCAAUUCCGGGCCCCAAUUCGAUACGCUUUCGCAUAUGGAUCGGGCGUCUUCACCCAAACAGGGGCUUCUAGUUCCUCCUCUACACACCCAUCGGCACCCGCCGCCAUUAAAAACAUGCAACAAGGCUCGGGUAAAAUGAUCGAUUUCAUAUUCGGAGUUUCAUAUUCCCAACAUUGGCAUUCCCUGAACCUCCAUCAACAUCGUGACCAUUACUCCGGAUUGGGCUCUCUCGGAUCGUAUGUGGUUUCACAGGUACAAGAUCAGUUCGGAGCAGGUGUAUAUUUCAAUACUCACAUCACGGUGAAUGGAACGUUGAUCAAGUACGGAGUGGUGAACUUGGACACACUUUGCACGGAUCUUACGCAGUGGAACACCCUAUAUCUUGCGGGCCGAUUGCAAAAACCGGUCAAGAUUCUUCGGGAUCACCCUAAAGUUCGAUUGGCGAAUCAAAUGAACCUGCUGUCUGCUCUGCGUGUGGCGCUAUUACUCCUUCCAGAACGCUUCAGUGAAUUUGAACUUUAUAGCACGAUCGCAGGUAUCAGCUACAUGGGUGAUCUGCGCAUGGUUCUCCCUGCAGAAGACCCCGGCAAGGUGCGUAACAUUGUCUCUGGACAGAUGGCCCACUUCCGGCGGUUGUAUGCACCGCUCAUCGAAAAUCUUCCCAACGUCAACUUCAGCGAUCCUCGUUGUAGCCAGAAUGAUUGGAUCGAUGAUCCGGAUGCGAUCUUGUCAAUGGUGCAGGACAUGGAUCCGGUCAAGCGUGGAAACAUGGUUCGCCGACUACCGGAAUCGUUCCGUGAGAAAGUCUACUUCCAGUACCAGUCGCGCUACGCUAUUCCGCGGGCCGAUUUCGACAAGAUGAUGGCAGAGAACAAUGACAGCCAGGAUAUCCGCCGGAUUGCCAGUGAUGAGAGCCUUCAGCAAGAGGUUUCCACUUCUAUCAUGAAAACCAUUCGUUGGCCAAGCACUGUUCAGACCAUCAAGGGACCCUUGACUGCUGGUCUGGGCAAAAGCUGGACUUACCUCAAGGAAAAGCGUGAGAAGCACAAAAAGUCACAGGCUCAAUCGAAACAGGCGACAGUAUCGCCGCCACCUUCGUCAACCGAGAAGACUGGCACGAAGAAAGAUUAA